CUUUCUACCCUCACGAAUAUUUCAAAUCAAAAUAAUGCAAUAAACAAACUGAUUUUAAAUGUUUUAUUUUUUUAUGUCAAAUUUUAAUGUAACUUAAAAGUACCUUAAUAUUUCUAUUAAUCAAAAAUUAAAUUUUUCAAGAAUAUUUCCAAAGGAAAUUUCCAAAGGAAUUCAUAUCCUUUGUUAAAAGUUAAAGAACAGUAUAAAACAUAAAAAAUAUGGACAAUUCAACAGUUAAGAUCUCAAGCAAUUGGUCCCAGAUUGGAGGAUGCCCAUUUUCUCAGGCCGCCCAAAUACAGGCAGCAGACCCGGACUUUUUUGCAAGACCAUCAUUGGAUGUUUUGGUAGACGAAGAAAAGUCUAUACUUUUAAGCAAAGGCGAUUCUUCAGAAAACUGUGAACUAGAUGUAGAAAUAUUUCCACAAUAUAAGAUUCAGGCUGCUUCUUUUGUAUGUAAUGUACCCAAGGUUGAAGUUUUCCUAGAUCCCGUAAAAGAAUAUUUGGAAACAAUUUAUGGAGUUGUUGUGGAUGAUUCAGAUGAUCAAUUUAAAAGUUAUCGAUAUGAUGUUGAAGUUGAAAAAUCUGGGGUGACCUAUUUAACACUGAAGUUUUUAACAGAUUUCUGUGAAGUUUGCAUAUUUGGCAUUAUGUUACAUACCGCCCCCAAUCCAAAUGGCAUAACAACCUUAUUACCGAAUACUGCUUGCAUAAAUAUUCAGAACGUUCAAAAUAUGUUACAAAAUUCAACAAAGCAACCAGGUCCAACUUCAGAAAAGUGUAAACAACUAUUAGAACUUAUGACAAAAGCAAAUCACUCUAAUACGUUGACAUUGGAUCAGCUUAUGAAACAAAAAAUGAACAUUGACCAAAUCAAGACUGAUAAAAAUUCAGGAAAUGAAGAUAUUUUAAAUGAAUUAAAAUCGCACAUUGACGAUCGUUUCCAACAAAUGGAACAACGCAUAAACAGAUAUUUGGAGCAUAUGGAAGAACGACAGAUGCAGAAGUUGGAUGUCAUACUAAAUACUUUACAGCAUAUUAAGAAAUAAAGUCAUUGAUUUUUAAUAAAACUAA